AUGGGGCGCGAGGAGAAGAGCCUGAGCAUCUCACAGAAAUUGGAGUUCAAGUUGAAGAGCUCAGAUGAGGAGGAACGCUAUGGUUCCGUCUCGCUCCUCGCCAGGAUGUUCUCAGAGAAGGACUCGUCGCUGGCCAUCAACCACAAGCAGCUUUGGCUGGCAUUCUUGGGGCGGUUCAACGACAUCAGCACCAAGAUCAGGACCAAAUGCGUGCAGUAUUCCAUGCACUUCCUCAUCAACCACCCGCUGCUCAGAGGAGACAUCACUGAGACGCUCAAGUUGCGGCAGCAUGACGCUGAGGAGACCGUCCGGUACGAGGUGGUCAUGGCUAUCGUGACGACGGCAAAGCGUGACUUCGGAAUCGUGGCCGAGAGCGAGGAUCUCUUGGACUUUGUGAAGGAGAGAACCCUUGACAAGAGGUUCAAGAUACGCAAGGAGGCCAUGUGUGGGCUGGCUAUGAUCUACAAGAAGCACAUGAACAACGGCAACGUCAGACCCGACGCUCGCCACGUCACCUGGAUCAGAGACAAGAUCCUGCACGGCUACUACAUGACCAGCAUGGAUGACAGGCUGCUGGUGGAGCGGCUGGUGAACACCUGCCUGGUGCCCUACCAGCUGCCUCCCGAGGAGCGGAUGUGCAAACUCCUGCAGAUGUUCGCCAGCAUCGACGAGAACGCCGCAAAGGCCUUCAUAGAGCUGCAGAAGAACCAGGUUGCGGUGAGGCGGAGCGUCUCAGACUUGCUGGAGUUGCUGUCAAGAAACUCCGUGGAGGAGACAGAGUUGGCAGCCAAGCUGUCAGUGGUUGCCCGCUUCCUGCCAGACCCUCUCAAGGUGCAGGAGUACAUCCGGCGGCUGUACGAGCACCUUGCUGGGGACGCCGAGCUGCUGGGGCUGUUUGAGGCCAUGCUGCGCCCCACGGCCGCCUGCCGGGAGAGCGUCGACGCUGUCACGCAGAUCCUAAAGAAGCUGGGGCAGCCUGUGAUGACAAACCUCUACUACAACUCCAUCAAGAUGUUGCUGGAGCGCAUCUCAAACGUUCUGGUGGACCACGCUGCCCUCACCUGCCUCACGUUCAUCAUUAAGAAAGCCGUCAUGGAUGACCCUGAGAUCUCUGAUUUCCUCUCCCUGCCCAACGACAUAGCUGCUGAGAAAGGCCUUCGUCUUCUCUUUGUUCUGUCGUUCGUGCUGCCGGCACACUUCAUGCACUCGGACAUCCUGCAGUGCCUGACGUCGCUGUUGUCCUCCCCCAACCUUGCCGUGGCCCCCAUGGUGCUCUCUACCCUCACAUACGUCGGCAAAUACAAGCCUAUUGGAGAAGAAUUCCCGGCACUGGCGUCAGAGCUGGUGCCACAGUGCCAGCAGUUUGCCGUCACUGGCACAGUGAAGCAGGCGAAGCACGCCGUGCGCUGCCUCUACGUCAACUUCGCGCAGCAGGACGCUCAGCUCACGCAGAUAUUCUCCCGCAUCAUUGAGAACAUCCGAGAGCACCUGACCCUGGAGUCGCCGCACUUCAGGACCUGUGUGGUGGCGCUUGGCCACAUCGUCUUCAACAUUCCUGACAAAUUCUUGGUGCACGUCAAGAACAUCGUCUCCAGGAAGAUCGUGAAGGAGCUCCUGAUGAGGAACCAACAGACGCCGUCGCACAGCGCAGGAGGCGCGGAGGACGAGUGGGCGGAAGAGGAGCUGCUAUGCGAGGAAAGCCUCGUCAAGAUUGAAGGCCUCAAGAUGAUGGCCCGUUGGCUGCUGGGGCUCAAAGACGACAUCAUAUCGGCGCAGAAAACCUUCCGCAUGCUUAAUGCCUUCAUCCUGCACCGCGGCGACCUGCUGCAGGCGGGCACCAUGCCGCACUACGAGAUGGCCCACUUGCGCCUCGCUGCAGGCGCGUCCAUGCUGAAGAUCUGUGAACAGAAAGGCGUAGGCGACCAGUUCACUGCUGAACAGUUCAUCAAUCUGUCGAGACUCAUCAAUGACAGCUGCCAGGAGGUGCGACAGCGCUUCGCAGGCAAGCUGCACAAGGGCUUGGCGCGAGGCAUUCCACUCAAGUGCCUCCCCCUGGACUUCAUGGGCUUCUACGCACUAGCUGGCCAGGAGAAAGACAAAGAUCUCAAAAGCGCCAUCAGGCAUUACAUGGUUGCGGACAUCAACAAAAGACGCGAGUACAUCAAGACCAUCACCAUGUCUGGUGGAGAACGUGCGUUCAGCCAGCUGCCACACAUCAUGCCGGACUACAUGCUGGUGUUCGCGGUGCCCGUGCUAACGCACAUGCCCUCCUUCACCAGCGUGGAAGACGUGGCACAACUCACCCUCGUCAGGCAGUGCCUUUGGUUCAUCCUCGAGCCUCUAAUCACCAAAAAUGACGCCUACUGCUUCGGAUUCUACAAAGCCCUGAUCGAACAGAUGAAGAAUCACAAGGACGCCCUCAAACCGGAGGAUGAGGUCACUAACCAGAAAAUGUGGGCGGUUUGUGACUUGGCCAUGGGACUGAUCCUGUCCAAAACUGUGAGCUUUGAAAUGAAGGAGUUCCCCUCCGAGCCCCGGAUCCCGCCCAUGUACUUCAAGAAGCACGAAGAUCCUAACUUCGUGAACGUCGCUUCAUAUUUGCCCCAAGAGCUGCAGGUCACCCAGCCCAAGAAGACCACCAAGACUCUCACUGGCGUCACGAAGAAGGUGGAGACGGAGAGUUUGGGAGGCGGUGGCAAGAAAAGGCCCCAGUGGUCGUCGUCCUUAGCCCCCAACAAGCGCACCAAGACCUCCUGCUCAUCCAGUUCCUCGACAGAAGACGUCCGGCCGAGUUAAUGGAGCCGUAGAAUCAUCUCUCCAAGCUUCUUUUCGUGUAAAAUUUCUUCUAA